CCAAGCACGAGAGCGCAGGGAGGGGGUGCUGGAAAGCGCGGCCGGGAAAGCAUCACACUUCGAGGAUGUGCAGUAUCAUUUCCCUCAUCCGGAAGAGAUGUUGACGCGCGACAUGUUUGCAGAAACCAAAGCAGCUGCUGGGACCAGCUCUCGAUUGUUUUUUUCUUAACGUCCUGUGCAACAAAGCGACGAUCUAAGCCCAAGUGUCACCUUUACCUCGUUCAGGUCAAAGCAGAGGCCACCAGCAUGCCCGUCCAGGAACCUGACAGCAUCCUAAGCUACCAGAGGCAGGAUGAGGAGGUGGUGAUAGACCAAGGUGGGACCAGCUCAGUGCUGAACAUCCACUAUGAGAAGGAAGAACUUGAAGGCCACAGGACUCUCUUUGUGGGUGUCGGCCUGCCGCGGCAGAGCCAUCGACACCACAAAGCUCACAGCUCUCGCCAUCGUAAGAAAGACAGGCGGACGGGAAGCAUAACAGUGCCACAAAGCGACGGAAACGAGAAGGCGACUUGUCACGAUACGCCAUCCCAGCGGGUCCAGUUCAUUCUUGGAGCUGAGGAAGAUGCCGAGCACGUGGCCCACGAGUUGUUCACCGAGCUCGAUGAGAUCUGUGUGAAAGACGGCAAAGAUGCUGAGUGGAAGGAAACCGCCAGGUGGCUAAAGUUUGAGGAAGAUGUGGAGGAUGGCGGCGAGAGGUGGAGCAAGCCGUACGUGGCUACGUUGUCUCUCCACAGUCUCUUUGAGUUGAGGAGUUGCCUCAUCAACGGCAGCGUGUUGCUCGACAUGCACGCCGAUUGCAUUGAGGAGAUUGCAGAUAUGGUCCUGGAUCAUCAGGAGGCGUCUCAUGAGCUGGAUGACAGCGUGAGGGUGAAAGUGAGAGAGGCCUUGCUCAAGCGGCACCACCACCAGAAUGAGAAGAAGAAGAACCUCAUGCCCAUCGUGCGUUCUAUCGCGGAGGGGACUCGUAAACAGUCCGAGCCCCAUCUGACAGCUGCAUCAACUACAUCUCUCCAGCCUGCUCCCGUUGCAGAGCCAUCCAAGAACGGCGCAGGACAGGAAGGGCACCAAGUGGACCUCAGCAAGGUGGACCUCCACUUCAUGAAAAAGAUCCCAGAAGGAGCAGAAGCAUCCAAUGUACUGGUGGGAGAGCUGGAUUUCCUGGAGAGGCCUAUAGUGGCUUUUGUUCGCCUCUCCCCCGCCGUGCUGCUCACGGGUCUCACUGAGGUCCCGAUCCCUACCAGAUUCCUCUUCAUUCUCCUGGGACCAGAUGGAAAAGCUCAGCAAUACCAUGAGAUUGGACGCUCGAUGGCAACCAUUAUGACAGAUGAGAUCUUCCAUGGGGUAGCCUACAAGGCAAAAGACAGAGGUGACCUCCUUGCUGGGAUAGAUGAGUUCCUGGAUCAGGUGACUGUCUUGCCACCAGGGGAGUGGGACCCUUCCAUCCGAAUUGAGCCACCUAAAACUGUCCCAUCUCAGGAGAAGAGAAAGAUGCCGGGUGUCCCUAACGGCACAGUUUACCAAGUCGAGGAAGAACAACAGCAUGAACACCAUGGACCAGAGCUGCAGAGAACUGGAAGGUUGUUUGGUGGUCUGAUAAUGGACGUGAAAAGGAAGGCUCCCUUCUAUCUGAGUGACUACAAAGAUGGUCUGAGUCUGCAGUGCGUGGCCUCCUUCCUCUUCCUCUACUGUGCCUGCAUGUCUCCUGUCAUCACCUUCGGAGGGCUGCUCGGAGAGGCGACAGAGGGACGCAUCAGUGCCAUUGAGUCCUUACUUGGUGCAUCCAUGACUGGCGUCGUCUACUCACUCUUUGCUGGCCAGCCUCUCACCAUUUUGGGCAGUACUGGACCUGUGUUGGUGUUUGAAAAAAUCCUCUUCAAAUUCUGCAAGGAUUACAACCUCUCCUACCUGUCGCUAAGAGCCUGCAUCGGCCUGUGGACGGCGCUGUUGUGUCUGUUGCUCGUUGCCACAGACGCCAGCUCUCUGGUGUGCUACAUCACUCGCUUCACCGAGGAGGCCUUCGCUGCCCUCAUCUGCAUCAUCUUCAUCUACGAGGCCUUGGAGAAGCUGUUCCACCUGGGAGAAAUUUACCCCUUCAACGCUCACAGUGAUCUGGACAAGCUGACGCUGGCAUACUGCCAGUGUACCGAGCCUCAGAGUCCCAGCAAUAAAACUUUGAAACUGUGGAGCGAGAGAAACAUCACAGCUUCUUUUGUUCCUUGGGCCAAUCUCACCGUCAAGGAAUGUGUGAGUCUGCAGGGGCACUUUGUCGGAACGUCUUGUGGCCAUCAUGGCCCCUACACCCCGGAUGUCCUCUUCUGGUCCGUCAUCUUGUUCUUCUCCACUUUCUUCAUGUCAGCAUUCCUCAAACAGUUCAAAACCAGUCGCUACUUCCCCACCAAGGUGCGAUCCAUGAUCAGUGACUUUGCCGUCUUCCUUACCAUCGUCUUCAUGGUAUUGCUCGACUACAUGGUGGGAGUGCCCUCGGAGAAGUUAAAGGUGCCCAGCAAAUUUCAGGUAAAUUGGGAAAAUGCUCGGAUGGGAUUAUAUUUGCAUCUCGUGACCGUGUUCUUAAAUCAGCCCACCAGAGAUGACAGAGGAUGGCUGAUCAAUCCGAUCGGCUCUAACCCCUGGUGGACCCCCCUGGUAGCCUCGAUCCCUGCUCUUCUCUGCACCAUCCUCAUCUUCAUGGACCAACAAAUAACGGCUGUCAUCAUCAACCGGAAAGAGCACAAACUGCUGAAAGGUUGCGGGUACCAUUUGGACCUCCUGAUGGUGGGCAUAAUGCUGGCUGUGUGCUCCAUCAUGGGUUUGCCGUGGUUCGUAGCCGCAACCGUCUUGUCCAUCAGUCACGUGAACAGUUUGAAGCUGGAAUCCGAGAGCUCGGCCCCGGGAGAGCAGCCUCGUUUUCUGGGUAUCAGAGAGCAGAGGCUCACUGGCCUGGUUAUCUUCUUGCUCAUGGGAUGCUCUGUCUUCAUGACUGGAGCUCUUCAGUUCAUUCCAAUGCCGGUUUUGUAUGGUGUCUUCCUCUACAUGGGAGCCUCAUCUUUGAAAGGCAUCCAGUUCUUUGACCGUCUGAAGUUGUUUGGCAUGCCGGCCAAGCACCAGCCGGACUUCAUCUACCUGCGGCACGUACCCUUGAGGAAGGUUCACCUGUUCACGCUCACUCAGCUGACAUGCCUUGUGCUUCUCUGGGUCAUCAAGACCUCACCUGCCGCUAUCGUCUUCCCCAUGAUGGUUUUGGCUCUGGUAUUCAUCCGCAAACUGCUCGACCUGUGUUUCUCCGAUCGGGAGCUCAGCUACCUGGAUGAUUUGAUGCCGGAAUGGAAGAAAAAAAACCUUGAUGAUGCCUCCAAAAAGAUUGAGGAGGAGUCACAGGUUAUGCUCAGUACAAAAAGCGAAGACGCUCCAAUUGUUCACAUCCCCCUGGAAAGCAGUAGGCCAGCGCAGGCCUCAAAGGCCCAUGACCCCCGGUGUGAUCCCUCUGAUAUUAAUAUAUCUGAUGAAAUGUCUAAAACCACCAUGUGGAAAUCUCUCAACUCCAAUCAAAAGGACUCUCGUCCUGUGUCUGCUAAGAAGGAUUGAAGAGAUCGCCUUCAUUGAUGAGUAAAGAUUUCUACGGUGCACACAGAUGUGCCAUGUAAGUGUCCACCUGGACCUCAGGAUGAUUUGGCAGUUUGGGACCACUGGCCAUCUGAGUGAUUUGGGAACGUCUCUUUAAUUACUACCAGCGCCACACAACACUUUGAAGUUACGGGCCAUCGACACGCACAAACACAUGCAGACACAUGGAUACACACACAAGUUUGGGACAGAGUCUUUUCUGUUUGGAAUAAAAAUCAUAUGUCAGUCAAUAGAAACAAUGACUUGGCUGCCUGCACUUAUAUCUGGAUGUAAAAAACGAAUUGGGUCUUCCUUAGCCAUUGUGCUACUUUUAACCUUUUUAGAGAAAAGCCUAGUUUUAACCUGAUCCUGCUAACCUGAUAAACACCAAUGAAAGCAUAAGGAAAAUGACACUGACUAAAAAUAGGACACACUAAAUUAUCACUGGCGGUGCUAGAGGUGAAGGCCGCAGGGGCACUGCCCCCAUCCUUUGAAUAUGGUUGGACCACCCAGGUGCCAGUCCAAAUAAUUGAUGUUCUGAAGUUCCCUUUUUUCACAUUUUCCCCCAUUCAGGAUCAGAAAAUUGCUGUUAGUUAUUUGAAUAUUUUUUUAAUAGAUUAAAAAGUAUAAUAACUGUAAAUAGACUAAAAAGUAUAAUCAUUUUAACUCUUGAUGGGUCAAAUCGCUUGGCUGUAUGAAAGAGACGGACAACAGAACCGUUUUGUUCAUCUUCUGUUGCAGUGUCAUCCCUAAUUUAACCAUCUAAUGUGAACUCAAUUUUGUGUAGUGAUAUAAACUUAAUAAGUGUGAAUAUUCCAGAAUCUACAUCUACGGAAACAGCCAAAAGUUUAGUGUCUUAUUUCUUUACCUCAGACAAGUUUGUAAAAAUUCCUGCAAGGCACUUUGGAUGGAGGACUUUGGAUGUGUUGGAGCAGUUUGCUAAUGUUUGCUUUAUUUUUAAGAAGUAGGGGUGGGGGAUGUGUGGGAGGCUUAUUUAGGCAAUAAUUUACCUAAAGUCCAUCUCACCUGAAAUGUAAGAAACAGAAUAAUCUAUUUUUGUUAAUCAGGGAUCCUUUAAGAUCAAUCAACCCUUGAUGAAACACGAGUGCUCGAUAAAUCUUUACAUUCUAAAAGAAGUCAACAUCCAAACAGUGGCACAUUUUCACUCAUUCCACUAAUUCUCCAGUCACAUUCAAAUCCUCAGUUAAGGAUGGCGUCAUACUUGAUCUGCACUCAGACUGAAAUAACACUUUAUUCAUAGUAGCACUUUCUGUAGAUAUGUGUGAUGUUUCUUCUUAUUUUUAAGAGAUCUAUUGAAAAAAAUUGCUUUUGGCUAAUGAUAUUCCCACCAGUUAGCUUGACCUUCUGUAUAUAGCAUAUGGUAGCUUGUUAGAAAAGCUGAGAAAAGGCCUCCAAAUGUCCUUGAUUUCAAUCAACUAGAGGAGUCAUGUCAAAGUGAUAUAAUGUUACAUGUCCUUUAUUCUCCAGUAAACAUUAUCUGCAUCUUUUUGAUUGCAGUAACCGCUCACUGUAUCAUGUUGUAUUUUUUUUUUCUCUUGGCUUAUAUGAUCCUUUUGUCUGUUCACGUCCUGUACUUUCACGUAUGCGCAAAACAUUUGAAUGUUAAUAUUCGGUGUGUCUACUGUAUGAGGACCAAUAACUAAACUAAUCGAUGGCAUGUUGUAAUAUUGAAACCAGUGUACGGUACAUAAUCAAAAUUACGAUUGAGCUGAAAUCAAAGGAGAAACGAGAUAAGUAUGGAUAUAAAGAUUUUAAACAACAAAUGAAGCCAUUCUCUGAUGUGCGUGUUAUGUGUCCUAAUUUGAUACACAAUUAUGUAUUUGUGAAUGUAUGGCUGAUAUACAGCAGAAUGUCGUCCGAUGUACUCACUGGAGAUUAUACAGUAGAAGCGUCGUUAUCGAUUGUUUUAGAGUGUCUUAAACUAAACCUUGUCACAUUUAACUGGACUGUUCUUUUUUUCUGCAUAUAGUACAGUAGAGUAGAGUAAAAAAAGACCUGCUCAUGGGACUAAGCGUUAAGGUCAAGGGAAGGAGCUGGAGAGUGAUGUUUUCAGGGAGAUGAGUUCUGCAGUUGAAAUGGAGCGUGUGCUGUCUCUACUCAAAGAAUGUCUGACUUAAUUGUACAUGUUUUAUAUGUAAUCUUGAUUUUUUGGGAUGAUAUAAACAGAAAAAUAAACUAU